ACCAUGUCGGUGGUUGGUUUUGUAUCCAGAUUCGUCACAUGUGGCCAAAAUUUGGCCGGCUAUCGGUUGCAACAAGUGCGAAACAAGUGGGCUGACUGGCGUAUGAUCAAGGAUCACAAACGUCGGCAGUGUGUGGUGCAGCAUGCCGAUGCACGGUUGCGGGUAAACUCGCUUCGGAAGAACACAAUCCUGCCAAUUGAGUUACGGGAAAUAGCGAGCAAAGAGAUUGACGCCUUCCCGCGUGAUUCGUCGUUGGUGCGCGUACGGGAACGAUGCGCUGUAACUUCGCGACCGCGUGGUAUCGUUCAUCGGUGGCGGGUCAGCCGUAUUGUAUGGCGUCACAUGGCCGACUACAAUAAGCUGUCCGGUGUACAGCGGGCGAUGUGGUAGUUAAUG